AUGGCGGAGGAUGCGGAGCGAGUAGAGCCGGGGGAGAGUGAGGAUGAGGUGGAGGACGUGUACGAGGUGGAGCGGAUCAUCGACAUGCGAGUGGAGGAGGGGGAGGUCCUGUACCGCGUGCGAUGGAAGAACUACUGCUCAGAUGACGACACAUGGGAACCCGAGGCCCACCUGGAAGACUGUCGAGAGGUCCUGGUGAACUUCAAGAAGAAGAUUGCAGAGUCCAAGAAGGAAGCCGAGGCCAAGAAGACUCUGAAGGUCCUCCCCACAAAGAGCGAGCUGUACGACGCAGACUCCACCAGUGACAGCGAUAGAGAGCGCCCGGCCGCCGUUCCCGUCAAGAAGAAGAAGAAGCAUCAUCAGCAGCAGCAGCCCCCGCAGCAGCAGCGUGUGGAAGAGCCACCGCCCAAAGACCGCAAGAAGAAGAAGAAGAAGAAGAAGAAGGAGCGGCGUCAGGAGGACAUCAGACCUCUGCCCGCCCCUGAGACCGACGAGGAGGAAGGCCCGCCCACCACUCCCGCCUCCUCCCCCAAGAGAGACGCAGUCGCAGACAGUGAUGAGGACGAGCCUGAACCCAAACCCAAGCUUGAACCUGAACCAGAGCCUGCUCCAGCCAAGAAACACAAGAAGGACAAGAGCAAAAUCAAGAGCCAGGAGGCCAAGAAGAAGAGGCGAGCAGAGGUGAAGGCCGACACCUCUGGUGAUGAUACGGCUCCUAUAGAAGAGGACAUCAGCGAGGACCAGGAGACCGCGGCUGAGGACUCUUCUACCGAUGUCCUGCGCACUGCCCAGCGCAUCUACCUGGACGACAAGUUCAAGGAGAAGAAGGGAAAGUGGGAGGUGAAGCUGCAGGGAUUCAAAGACCUGAUCCAGAAGAAGGAGAGCAAGAAGCCCAGUGCCUCCCCCAAAGAUAGCAGCCUCCAGAAGCUCAAGAGCCUCACGACCAAGGCCAAAGAAGAGCUGGCCUCCGACUCCAGCGACAGCUCCACUGCUCACAGGAAGAGCAAGAGCAAAGAGCGGACCCCUACAGCUGCCACUAGCACCAAGCUCAAAGAGGAGAGAGCCAAAGAGGAGAGGAGCCGAGAGGACCGGGCCAAAGAGGACUCUGCUCCAGCUCAGAAGGACUCCAGCACAAACCUAUUUGAGAAGUUUCUGCUCAACUGUGGUGAGGCCAAGGACAGAGCUCCGCGGAGACCUGCCUCUCACCUGGCAGCCCCCGAGAAGACCGCCAGCAAGCCCCAAAAGAUAAUUGGGAAAAUAGAGAAGAUCACCAAAGCGUCCAAAGAGUCUCCUGGGCAGAGAGAGGGGGAGAGGAGUGACAAGCUGAAGCACACAGAAGCUCCCUCAAAAGCCAGCCAGAGCCACGGCUUCAGCCUGGACAGUGAGGAGCUGGAAGGGGGCCGACCGGUUGACGAGGCUCCGCGAGGGGCGGCCUGGGACAGGUACAGCUCCACGGCCCGCAGGAGAGAGGACAGCGAGCCCAGACUAUUCAUGGCCUGUGAGGAGCCCAUGGAGAGCCAGGAGGAGGCCCCUGACCGCACAGAGAAGAGCCAAGCCACUCUGAGUCUGGGGAUGGAUCUGAACCUGGACUGGAUGACUCUGGAGGAUUUCCAAAAGCAUUUGAACGGAGAGGAUGAAGUCCUGAGUGGACCUCCACUGUCCCCAAGUGAACUGCGAGAUGCUGUGAAGAGCGGAGAUUACCUGGCUGUGAAGCUAGCUCUGAACUCCAAAGAGGACUACAAUCUGGACCAAGAGUUUGUGUUUUGA